AUGUAUGAUUACGACGAUUUUACAUUCAGUUCAAGCAAGGGGUGGAAACCUGGUGACAUAUUGAAGAAUAAGACCAACGUUCCUAACCUGAACGACACUAAUCCUUUCUGGGGCUGGGAUUUUAUUUCACUAACUAAUCAUCCGGGAACUACCAUUCAUCGAACUGACGUUCAACCCUUUUCACUCACUUCCAAAGGCUGGGAGCUUGAUAGUGAGGUGUCUGGUAAAUGGAUCUCUGGCACAUGGGAUUUCGAAGACACUCAAAACGUCUUUGACCCUGUAUCCGGGCUAUUCGUUACGGAUCCUAGACAUUUUACGGGAAAACACCGAGUCCUUCAAGUUGAUCACUGUCUAUCCGAAAGAUUCAUCGCGCCAUGUCAAGUCAACGUUUCCAAUAGUCUUCUUCUCAUUGUUUGCGUUAUGUGCACACUCAAAUCUAUGUUGUGUAUCUUGGUCCUUCGACUUGGAGGCAAUGAGGGUCCUUUGAUGACUCCCGGAGACGCCAUUGCCUCAUUUAUUGCCAUACCAGAUGAAGAAACCAAAGGAAUGUGCACAUUGAGCAUGAAGGAUCUGGCGACAUUUCUCGUCAAAGAGCCCCAUAGUACUGGUGGCAUAACUGAAAACGGCAAAUGGCUGCAAGGCCCAAGACAAUGGGAAGCUGAUACAUCUACGCGGCGGUUUGGAGGAUGUCAUAUCUUCUAA